AUGAAACAAAUAGAUUAGUAGAAUACAUUUAAUUUCACUCCCUUCUCAUUAGGACCAAGAAAUUGCAUUGGAUAGCAUCUAGCCAUGAUUGAAGGAAAAUCUAUGCUAGCUUAUAUACUAUUAAAUUUUGAAAAAUUUCCAAAUAAAAACUAAGAAGUUGUAAAAGAGAUGAAAAUAAUUUAUGGAUUUUAGAAAGACAACUUAGUUUAUUUUAAAAAUAGAAGUUAAAGAAAGAAAAGUGGAAAUAUUUAAUUAACUUAGUAAUUUUAUAUUUAAAUAAAGAAAUAUUUGUUUUUGCUAUGUUUGAAAUUUUAAUAUGUCUUUUUCACUACAAAGAAAUAAAAACCUUCAAUACUUUAAAAAUUUAUAAAAGAAAAAUAAAAUAAAUUUAAACAUUAAAAAUAAACUAGAUUUUAUUUUCAACAUUCCAAAUAAAAAGAAGUAGAAAUAAAUAUGAUUUUAAUUAUUUCAAUUAUAAUUUUAUAAAUUAAAAAAUAAAAUAUGCGAAAAAAUAUUUCAUAUAAAUAAAAACAAUUUAAAUAAAAAAAUUUUUUAUCUUUAAUUGAGUUAUUAUUUUUAUCAUUUAAGUUAAAAUUUUUUAUAUUUUAGAAGUGA